GCACUGACUAGUGCACUGAUGGGUGACACUGAAAGGCAGCUCAGAUGGGCACUGAUCUGUGGCAUUGAUGUGCACUGGUGUGCACUGAUAUGUGGCAUUGAUGUAGCACUGAUGGGCACUGGCACGAGGCACUGACAUAAGGCACUGAUGGACACUGACAGGUGGCACUGCUGGGGCUACACUGAUCAUCAGGGCACACUGAUCAUCACUGUCAGCGUGACAGCUCGAGAGGAGAGAAAUGCCGAUAACCGGCAUUUCCCUGUACAUGUGAUCAUCUUUGAUUGGACACAGCUGAUCACAUGACUGAGCCGACAUCUUUGGCUCUUUCCGUGAUCAGUGAUC